UAUAAGAAAAAAAGAAGCUGGAGAUGUUAGUCUUUCGUCUAUAUUUCCUAUUGUGACCUGUGGCAUUUCCCAUCUCAACUCUUUCUCAUGUCAAAAUUAUUCAAGAUGAAGCACGGUGGCGGGCGGAAGAACAAUAACCUGUCAUUAUUCGUUGUGGUCUGUUCCAUAUUCAUCUUUGGUUGCUUCAUGUAUAAUGAAGAUUUCAAGUCCAUUGUAGAAUUCCCAUUCUCCACACCAAAACCUCAACAAGAAACAGCGGUUGAAGAAAGUAUUAAUACAGAUGAAAACAAAAUUUCAUCUGUAGUUAUGAAUUCAAGAACUGUAGUCGAGACAGAAAUAGAAGAAGAGGAAACAGAAAGAGAACAGAGAAUUGAAAUGCCUAUUGAAGAAGAAGAAGAAGAAGAAAACAUUGAAUUGCCACCUGAUGAUUGUGAUCUUUUUGUAGGGAAUUGGGUUUAUGAUAAUGUUACUCACCCAAUUUACAAAGAACAAGAAUGUGAAUUCCUCACUGCUCAAGUUACUUGCUUGAGGAAUGGAAGACAAGACUCUAUGUAUCAGAAUUGGAAGUGGCAACCAAGAGACUGUUCAUUACCCAAGUUUAAACCAAGAUUGCUACUUGAGAAACUGAGGAACAAGAGGCUCAUGUUUGUUGGAGACUCAUUGAACAGGAAUCAAUGGGAAUCCAUGGUUUGUUUGGUUCAAUCUGUUGUUCCUCCUGAUCAAAAAAGCUUAAACAAGAGUGGCUCUUUAUCUGUAUUCAGAAUUGAGGAUUACAAUGCCACCGUGGAAUUUUACUGGGCUCCAUUUCUAGUGGAAUCAAACUCGGAUGAUCCAAAUAUGCAUAGCAUCUUGAACAGAAUCAUCAUGCCCGAAUCUAUUGAGAAGCAUGGCAAGAACUGGAAGAAUGUGGACUAUCUCAUCUUUAACACAUACAUUUGGUGGAUGAACACUUUCUCUAUGAAAAUUCUGCGAGGAUCGUUCGAUGAAGGGGCGACAGAAUACAAUGAGAUAGACAGACCAACAGCUUAUCGGAGAGUUUUGACAACUUGGUCUCAGUGGGUCGAUAAAAAUAUAGAUCCCAAUCGCACCCAAGUUUUCUUCAUGAGCAUGUCUCCUCUUCAUAUCAAGAGCUUAGAUUGGGAAAAUCCUGAUGGCAUAAAAUGUGCAAAAGAGACAACCCCAAUACUGAACACCUCAAUGCCACUAAAUGUUGGAACAGAUAAGAGGCUGUUUGUGAUAGCAGCAAAGGUGACUGAAUCCAUCAAAAUCCCAUUUUACUUCGUGAACAUAACAACAUUGUCAGAGUACAGAAAAGAUGGGCACACAUCGGUACACACAAUUCGUCAAGGCAAAAUGCUAACGCCUGACCAGCAAGCUGAUCCUGCAACUUAUGCUGAUUGUAUCCAUUGGUGUCUCCCUGGAUUGCCUGACACGUGGAACGAGUUCCUUUACUCGCGCAUUAUCUCGCGUUCUUGACACUUGGCCUUUCUUCAUGGUGCAGCUCGUACUACAAAUUUUCCUU